CUUCAGUUUCCAGAUAUUGAACUCAAAAGACAGAAGCUCUUUCCUCUGCCUCUAAAACUCCACACAAUAGUUCUAAGGAAAAAAAACCCAAAAUUCAAAUCUACAGAAACCAUGUCGUGUUUUUUACAGGCGCCAGUGGCUCACACAAUCCUAUCUUCAGCUUCUUCAUGUCGAACUGUUCGAAGAACAAAGGCUUUGAAGCUUAGGUGCGGAGCUUUGGGUGCCAAAAACGCCGCCAAAAUCCCCAUGCCUCCGAUAAACCCUAAGGACCCUUUUCUUUCAAAGCUUGCCUCCGUUGCCUCUUCUUCCCCCGAAGCGCUACAUAAUGGCUCGGCUAAUCCCGAUACGCCGCCGUUUUUGGACUUGUUUGAGUCCCCCAAGCUUAUGGCUACUCCUGCUCAAGUGGAAAGAUCAGUGUCAUACAAUGAGCACAGGCCGAGAAGCCCUCCACCGGACUUACCUUCAUUGCUUCUUAAUGGUAGAAUAGUUUACAUUGGCAUGCCGCUCGUGCCUGCAGUUACAGAGCUUGUAGUUGCAGAAUUAAUGUAUCUUCAGUGGAUGGACCCCAAGCAACCGAUUUAUCUUUACAUAAAUUCUACUGGAACAACUCGUGAUGAUGGUGAAACGGUUGGAAUGGAGACAGAGGGUUUUGCCAUCUAUGAUGCACUUAUGCAAUUACAAAAUGAGAUACAUACGGUCGCUGUUGGGGCUGCAAUAGGUCAGGCUUGUCUUCUACUUUCAGCGGGAACCAAGGGUAAACGGUUCAUGAUGCCUCAUGCCAAAGCUAUGAUCCAACAGCCUCGUGUCCCAUCAUCAGGGUUGAUGCCUGCUAGUGAUGUUCUUAUACGUGCCAAAGAGGUGAUAAUAAACAGGGACACACUUGUGGAACUUCUGGCCAAGCACACUGGAAAUUCGAUAGAGGCGGUAGCCGAGGUGAUGAGAAGACCGUUUUAUAUGGAUGCUAACCGAGCUAAAGAGUUUGGGGUCAUUGACAAGAUCUUGUGGCGUGGUCAGGAAAAGGUAAUGGCGGAAGUUGCUUCUCCCGAGGAAUGGGACAAGAAUGCCGGCAUCAAAGUCAUGGAUGGCUUUUAGUGUCCAGGUGGUGGACACUAGUCAUUGAAGUUUCGUUAGCUAGAUCAGGUGUGCCACCUACAUAACGUCCAUAACAGAGGUCAACUUGUGACUUUUUCGAGGAGUGUUGAAUAUGCAGGAACACCAUUACUAAAUCAUUGAACUGAAUUACAAUUGAUACAUUUAAGCCUGGAAUAGGUUGCAGGUUGAUGGCAUGCUUAAUGAAAAUAGGAAGAUGGUUUCUUUUUUUUUUUUUUUUUUAGGUUUUGGGUCGAAUUCUGUAUAAUCUUACAGAUUGUUGAUAAUUUUAGCAGCGUCUUCCAUUCCAUUGGUGACUGUUGAGCAUUGUAAAAACCAGGUUCGCGACUGAAAACACUGUCCACGAUCAUUAAUGCUACAUUUGAAUGAUUGCAUCAAAGGUAAACCCUCUUGAGAUGUGGAAAAA